GGCAUGUUGGGUGGUGGUGGAUAGCCGGGCAACAUAUGAAGGCAACAUGUAGCUCUGGGCUUAAUCUGGGCCCAUUUUACCAACCGGGCUGGGCUUAAUUCAUCAGGCCCAUACUCAAACGGCAACCGCAACCGCAACCGCCCGCCCUCACGCUGGCGGUUUCGUCUCCAAGGUUCUUUUGCAACGCCGAGCAGUCAACAGGCAGCUCACCGGCCGGAGCAUCGCCGCCUUGAUUCUGCAAACCCGGAUUUCUUACAAGGCAGUGCGAUCACUGACCAGCGACAUGUUUCCUCCACAAGCUUGGGCAACGUGGUCUGAGGCGCCACCGCCAGCUCACAUCUCCGUCUCGGCAGCCAUCGCUUGGACACCCUUCCUGCCUGCUCAUGUUCAGUGAGAAGAUUCACUCGCAUAUACUGUCAGCUCGGCAGGGUGGUCAUUCGCUACCGCUGCUGCCGCCAUUGCGCCUGAAUUUCUCCAUCCCCUUCCUGCAGCUCCGUGCUCUGAAGUUCUGAAUCCACACACACCCAAUGCGCGGCGGCAGAGAGCGCCUGCGGGUGACGCUGUGGCUCGCCUUCUGCUUGCUGCGGCUGCACGCGUUCCCGUUCCCCAUCCCCUUCGUCGACCCCUACACGAGCCCGCGAGACGUUGAUGCCAUCAACGACCUGUACGUGGCCCUGGGAUCGCCGGACCUCGACGGCUGGACGGACCUAGGAGGAGACCCCUGCAAAGAAGCAUGGCAAGGGGUGCAGUGCGACGGCCCAAACGUAACCGCGAUAGAGCUCCGAGCUGCAGGCCUGGGAGGGAAGCUGAGUGGGACACUAGGAGAUUUCACUGCCCUCACACUACUAGACCUGAGUAACAACAAAAUCGGCGGCGCAAUACCACAGAGCUUACCACCUGCACUUACACAACUAGAUCUUUCUUCAAAUAGUCUCAGUGGCGAACUUCCAGAUUCUAUGGCAAUGCUAAGCUCACUUUCAACCUUACAUGUGCAGAACAAUCAGCUAUCUGGGGCACUUGAUGUGCUAGAAGAUCUUCCCCUGAAAGAUUUGAACGUAGAGAACAAUCAGUUCUCAGGGCCAAUCCCAGAAAAGCUGCUCUCCAUCCCAAAAUUCCUAAGAGAUGGCAACAAAUUCACCAUACCGCCGAUCCCCGGCUUCUCUCCUACUCCAGGGACACCACCACCUCCUGCACCGUCCACAUCACCUCCUUCUCCAAAGCAUGUGCCAGCACCGGCUGCAUCACAAGAGCCUCCGGUCCUUUCUGGUUCACACCCUCCCAUAUAUGUGAUUCCGGCCACUCCACAGGAUGCUCCUCCGAGACACAACAACAAGAAGGUGUCACCGGCGAAAGCUGCCGGGUUCAGUAUCCUUGCCGCCGGUUCACUGAGCAUUGCUGUGGUUGCGAUCGUGUUCACGGUAUCGAAAUGGCGCCGGAAGAGAUCUCUUCGUGUAGGAUACCUGAGGGGAGUUGAGAUGAGCACGCCGAGUUGGGUGAGGGAACCUCCUAGAGUGAGUGUAGUUGCCAAAUCAGAGAGAGAAUGUCAUUCAGGUGCUGAAAGGAAGAUUGAUUAUGUUAAGGCGGCAGGAUCAUCGAUACACCCAUCAUUCAAGAACAGCAGCAAGGACAUCAUUGUGUCAGAUAAGAAUGUUCAGGGAAGUUCAGAAGGUCCACAGCAAUUUCCUUUCACAUUCUUUACUGUUGCAUCCUUGCAGCAACACACCAACAGUUUCAGCGAUCAGAAUCUGAUCAGAGAGACCUGUUUCGGCAUAACUUACCUAGCAGACCACCAUGGAAGCAAGUUUUCAGUGCUGAAGCUUGGCGGUGACACUGCGAAAAUGCCGGUGGCCGAAUUCCUGAAGAUUGUUCAGGACAUCUCCGAGCUCCGGCACCCCAACGUCGAAGAACUUGUUGGGUGCUGCGUCGACCACGGCCAGAGGCUGCUCGUCUACAAGCACUUCAGCGACAACACUCUGGAUGACAUGAUGCAGUUCGAGCACCGGGCGUCCGACGCAGCAGAGACGCUUCCUUGGGAUGCCCGGAUAGCUGUCGCUCUUGAAGCCGCAACAGCACUGGAGUAUCUUCAUGAGGGGAGCCACGAGCGGGUGGUCCACCGGCAUUUCAGGCCUGAACACAUCCUGAUCGACGGCGAGCUCCGGGUGUCUGUGUCCGGAAUCGGUCUUGCUCCAUUUGUCCCACAGCUGUCUGACUACUGCGGCGCCACGCUGAGCUACGAGCCGCCGGAAGCGGCGGGCCCCGGCGCGGCGUGGACGGCCAAGGGCGACGUCUACAGCUUCGGCGUCGUGAUGCUGCAGCUCCUCACCGGCCGCAAGCCCUACGACAGCUCGCGGACGCGGGGCGAGCGGCACCUGGUGCCGUGGGCGAGCCCGCGGCUGCACGACCUCGCCGCGCUGGGGAAGAUGGCCGACCCGCGCCUCGGCGCGCCGCCGGUCAGGUCGCUGUCGCGCUUGGCCGACAUCGUCGGCCGGUGCAUACAGCAAGAGGCGGAGUUCCGGCCCGCCAUGCCGCAGGUGGCGCAGGACCUGCGGCGCGCACUGGAGGACGCGCGCGCGGGGGCGGCGGCGCUGCACAAGUUUAGGUAGCUAUCUUCCUGUGCUCGCCCAUCGAAUCCGUGGGCAGCGACAUGGGUGCGGUGGGGUGGAAGUUGAAGUGUGUACGGUGCAGCGACAUGUGUGGAAGUGAGCUGGCGCGACGCAACUAUGCUUGUAAUCAUGCACUCCUAACUCCAACACACAUUGGUUGUGUUCUUCGUUUUAUUGUAAAUUUACAAGAAUGAAAUCAUAGGUGGGCUAGAGCUAGUGCAAAGCUAAGUUAUUACAUAGCAACACAUUUUAUUGCAAAUUUACAGAGAA